GAAAAAACUGUUUCUUUGCGAAGGAGGAGGAGGAAGAGGGGGGAGAGGAGGAGUAAGAACACCCCCAAUUUCUCUCGCCCUAAACCCUAAUCCAGUUCGAUUCGCUCCCGCGGCCUCCAAGAUCGACGCUUCCGGGCGCUCCGCCGGUCGGAGGAGCUGCGCGGGGCUCGAUUCCGUGGCGAAAGCCACGGGCUUUUUUUUGGGGAGGCUAGGAAACAGCCUGUCCGGUUGCUCGCCGGCGUCGGAUCCGGCCGUGCGGCGGCGAAAGGUUGGCUCUCGGGGAGGGUUUGGUUCGGCCUCCUCGCGGCCGGUUUUGUUCUGCUUGAGUUGGGUGGCGGUGACUGAGCCGUCAGACGGUUGCGUCGGGCUGCUUCUGCUGCUGCCAUUUGCGUGAGCCAUUCGGAGAGGCUGAGGAGGAGGAGGAGCAGCAGCAGCUUGGCAUUUUCUGUUGCGAGGUAGCGCCCCAUUUGCCCGGGCAAUCUUGCGGGGCGUUCGAUCCGCUGGGGGUGGCGCAAAGGGCGUGACAUUUCGGUUUGUUCGAUGCAUCCCAAGGCCCGAAUCCACGCCGACCCGCUGCUGGAGGUCGACCAGUUCGACCGGCUGCCGGAUUCGCUCGUCCUGGUGAUCCUCAACAAUGUCGAGGACGUGCGGUCGCUUGGUCGGUGCUCCGCCGUGUCGAAGCGGUUCUACGGGCUGGUCCCCCUCGUCCAUGAUGUGUAUGUCAAGAUCGACCGCGUCGUCACGGUCGAUGGAGACGCCGAGGACAUGCUCAACCUGUCGGCGCCGAAGCCCCGGAACAUCCUCUCGCACUUCCUGAAGAUGAUGCUGUUCACGAUCAUCAAGCCGUUCCACGGCAUGCGCGGCCCCAACGGCGCCGGGCGGCCGCUCUUCCCGCAGCUCGCGCAGCACUCGCCGGCGCAGGUGCUGCACAACUUCACGCACAUCCGGAGCCUUCGGAUCGAGCUACCCUCGGGGGAUGUGGGGACGGAGGACGGUGUUCUGCUGAAAUGGCGCGCGGAGUAUGGGAGUACGCUUCAGAAUUGUGUGAUUCUUGGGGGUACUCAGGUCGACCGCAAGCCUGUUGGUGCAGAGCAUGAGCUAUAUUCAGAAGACAAUGGAAGCAUGCCAGAAUCCUUCUAUACCAAUGGUGGUUUGAAACUCCGUGUCGUGUGGACAAUCAGCUCUCUGAUUGCGGCAUCGACGAGACAUUACCUUCUCCGGUCAAUUAUCAAGGAUCACCCUACUCUUACAAGCUUGGUACUGACAGAUGCUGAUGGCCAGGGCACAUUGAGCAUGGGAGCAGAGCAGCUUAAGGAAUUUAGAGAAAACCAGUUGUCCGCCUCGGCAUGUUCUAACAGGACUCAGGUCCCAGCAUGCAACAUGAAGCUCAAAUACGCUCCGUAUCUCGAACUUCCUGGCGGCAUUGCAUUGCAAGGUGCCACAUUGGUUGCUAUCAAGCCCUCAACCAGCAACGGCACUCAUACUAGCCGUAAGGAAUCAGACGCAUUCAUCUCUGGAGCAUUUGAUGGACCGUUCAAGUUCGCUGUGAAGGCGCUGAUGAAGAGGCGAACUUACCUUUUGGAGAUGAACGGCUUCUAGAUAUCUUGUGUUAUUACUGGGCACCUAGUUUGUUGGUUCAGGCAGUCAUCUAGUUACUUAAACCUGUGGUCUGUGUAAUAGGUUGUGCUUGCUGUCUGUUGUGUUAGCUCUUUGUACAGUGGUGACAUUCUGUUGGUUAUAUGGAAAUCAUAUCAAGUUAGUGCAUCUUUCUCAUUGUUCUCCCA